AUGGUGAAAGUGAAGGGCAAAUCAAUUGUCUUUGGAUUGCUCCACAACAUGCCUGAGGAAUAUUGUAGUUCCUACCGCUCUAAAGGAGCAUCCCAGGCAGCUUCCUCACCAAUUAAUUCAAAAAGACACAACGCAAUAAAGUUAGACACUACCCGGUCCCCAGGAGUUCUUGGUCUGAAUUUGGAUUUUGGCCUGUGGCCGGAGACCAACUUUGGUGAGAAUGUUAUAAUUGGGCUGGUAGAUUCUGGAAUUUGGCCGGACAGUGAUAGCUUCAAGGACACUGGGAUUGGGCCAAUACCCUCUUGGUGGAAAGAUCAUUGGAAGGGCUUGGUGAUUAUCGAUCCCCGUGAGAUGGAGUGGGACAUGGCACACAGACUGAUUCAACAGCAGCAGGAUCCAAGCUGCAAAAAGGAACAUUUUGUUGCCUGCUCAGCAGGAAAUCUCAGGCCUCAUGCAUAUUCAGUUCAUAACACAGCGCCAUGGAUGACCACCGCUGGUGCUGGAUCUAUAGAUCGUACUUUCCCGGACACUGCAAUUGCCGCCAACAUGAUUCCUCAGAGUGUAAUGGGAAAGAUAGUAGUUUGCAAUGGCAGCAAACUCCAAGCCAUCAACGAUGAACAUUUCAUUCAGGAAGCAAGUGGUGUCGGACUGCUUCAAUUAAACCAUAUAACUGAAGGAGAAUGGCUCACAGCAAUUGCAUUGGCUGCUCAUGGCCUCCUAAUAUUGCUCCAACCUAUUCUUCAUUUGACCCAAGGCGAAGUGAAGUUCAAGACAAAUUCUGGAACAUCAAUAUCCUGCCCACAUGUUGCUGCAUUGCUCCAUGCUGCUCACCGUAAUUGGUCCCCGGCAGCAGUCAGGCCAGCAGUCAUGGCCACCUCCACACCAACUGACAAUAAGUUUCAUUUGAUUGCUAGAGAUGAAGAUUUGGAGCCAGCAACUGCAGUUAGCAUCGGAGCUGGACAUGUUAAUCCACAAUUGACUUCAGAUCAAGGGCUAAUUUACGAUGCAGAUAUAUCAGAUUACAUCAGGCCUAACAACCCCGUUCAAGAGUUGAAGAGAACAUUGAUCAAUGUUGGGGAGCUUCUGCCAGAGAGUGGUACCACUGUGGAACAAAUGGCUUUUGGGUCCAUUUCAUGGGAAAGUGAGAGCCAUGUUGUUAGGAGGAGUUCGUUUUCAGUGAUGUGGCAACAGUAG